AUGUCUAACACAACUCAGAAUAUGAUUGACAGAUGUGGUUAUCUAAACAUAACUCUUAACGAUUUUAUAAGCAAAACAAAUGAAAAAUAUAGAUAUAUUGACAAAAAAAAAAUUAAUAAAACAUUACAUGAAUUAUCCGAAGAACAAAAAUCAAAAAAUCAAAAAGAAUAUGAUGAACGUAAAGAAGAAAAAUAUCUACAAAAUUCUGUCAUGAAUUCAUUUACAAAUACUAAGAGUGUUUUCUCACCAGAUAUUGUCACGUAUGAUUUAUGUAAUAAUAACCAUAACCAUAAAAAUGAUAAGCAUAUUCUUUGCUUAAUAGACGAUGUAUUUUUGUAUAAACAGCUUGUCUCUUCUCUUCCUUAUUUAUGGGAAGAUCCUUUUUAUUCAUGUGUCGGAAGAAACUAUACAAGCUUACAAAAAAUAAUUUAUUAUUAUUUAUCUGAUAAAAAAAGUAUUUUAUUUCAAAUUUAUUCUUCUCACUUUGAUGAUAAUAUGGAAAAACCUCUUUUCGAUUACAUAUCCUACAUUAGACAAAUUCGUGUUGAUAAUAUUUUUAGUAUCGUUACUCAUGGAAUUGAUUAUGAAUUCAAUCUUCAUAGAGAUUGGAAAACCCAAGUCACGAAAACCGUUCUAGAAUUA